AAAAGAAAAAAGUGUUAAAUUACGAACCUUCAAUAAUUAUAUUUUACCAUGGUGUAGAAAUACGCGGUGAUAAUCAAUCAACGCUAAAAAUUAGCAAAUCUGUAUACCCUUGUGAGCAAACCGAGCAAACUGAGCAAACUGUGAACAAGUGUUGAAGUCGAAGAUGUGGUAUCUGUGGAAAACUGGAGAGGCGUGAAGAGCUUGUCUUUCUAAUAUUUCAUGUUGUCACACGUUCUAUGUAAAAAUGGCAUGACUAACCAAGUGGACGUCUGACCCACGAUGGGAAUCGGGCAGAACCUGCGCAGUUUUGCGCAUGGGCACCCGCCGCUGCUUGUGUUCAUGACAUGUUUGACAGCCUUAGGUGUCACAAUGGUUGCAUUGGCGCACAUCAUCGGAAACACGAACCUCCCAAAUCCCGAUAUUGACAUGGACUGGAAUGUGUUCUUGACACGACUCUCUGAACUGCACUUCUGUGUUGGACCACGGAGCGAUGCCACCAGCUUCGAUGUGGUGCAACCUGUUGCAAAGCAGAACACGUCGUCUGCUCCUGGCAACUCCACCAGCGGUGUGCCGGGUGUCAAAGCUGUGGACAGAGCAAAGAGCUUAUACGCGCUGCUGCCCGACAUUGGUGCAGAGUCCCUGGAGGACGGUCCCAAUGUAACUGUUGCGGUGUCGGUGCUAGCAACAUUUUUCGCUGAAGCGGUGUCUUCACCUGUUCUGUGGCACGGAAAAGUGCGCGGAUACAUGCUCGGAAUACCUGGCAAGCGCAGCAAAGAAGAGCUGCAUUUGAGUAUGUUACUGUGGCCUCGUAACAGCAACAAGGCUCCUUGCCAGGGAAAGAACUGCAAGGUGAUGGUGGACCUGUGCCUUUUCUUGAAAGGACCUUCGUAUCUUCUACCUAAAACUAGACGUCCCCCACAGUGCAUCCUGCACGCGGUGCCACCCAGCACCAAUCAACGCGUCUUUCUCCAACGCUCAGCUGCCGACACAGGUGGGAAAGUCAACUGUACUGGUGGCAGGUGGACGCAGUUCUUCUACAAGACCGAUCCCACACUUACUGUGAUGCUAUCUUCUGAUGAUCGAGCAUUAGUCAACCUUCACUUGAUCAACACUAGUUAUUUCCUCUUCUUUAUGGUGAUGGUACUUGCCUGCUAUGCAGUUGUUUGGGGAAGAGUCAGAAAGACCAAAGGAGACAAGCACAUAAUCUGAUCUUGCUGGAUGCAUAACAAGAACGAACCUCCACCAAAUGCAAUAUGUGCCCAGUUAUUGCUUCGCAUACACCAAACAGGUGUCAUGUCACUACAUGCUGGGCACACAACAUUCCCAGGUUAUUCAAGCAGACAGCAGCGUGGCACUGUAUGCCUCGACUGUAAAUACGACACUGUGAUUGACAUUGAAUGUACAAGGGUGGCCAUAAUCUUUCCCUGGUUUGUAAAACAUCAGUCUUUAAAUUACGUUGUAUAAGUCUUGCAGUUUCGGAAAGUCUGUGCAAAACUGUUUUCGGCAUUCGUUUUUCUUAGUUCCGUAGGACCGGCACAUUUUCCAUGUACAGUGCCGUACAUAUACUUACAAAAUUGCCAUAAUGUUAUGCCUACUACAUUACUACAUGAUGCGACACCGAGCGUCAGCAUAGCGGCACUGUCUGGUCAAUCCCCAUAAUGGAUAAAGAAAGAAGGAAGGGUACAACUUCGUUUUGAUUGUGGUAAUUUGGUAGAAAAAAGGACAAUGCCGGAAAGAGCUUUUGUAUUUCCUUUUAGUGGAAGUGUACAGUAAAGAAUACUUUGUACGUAUAAGAGGAGCUCCUGAGAUGUGUACAGCAAGUUUUUUGUUUGUUUGUUUGUUUGUUUUUACUUAUAAGUUUGUGGCUCCUUUGGCACUUCUUGCCUCCUCAAAACUGGUGCUAUGUUUGAGGAAACAUUGUCUCUUGUGGAUGCUCUUCCUGCAGAAACAGCAGAAGGGUGAACCUAACCAACGGAUGCUAACCAAGAUUAAGACUGGCAUACAAACAGUCUAACGAGCAACACAUAGCCUUCAUUACUUGAGAAUAUUCGAAGAUUUAAAUGAGGCAGACAUCAGCAAAGCCAGGCAGCAGCAGAACACAAAAAAAGAACACGUCUCGGUUGCUGGUGGAGUGCGCUCACCAUUACGGCAUGCUUACGUACGACUUCCCGGCAACAUGCCAAGGGGCCUUUUUUUGGGCAGUUAGGCAUUCACCCCAUCCACACUCUCUGUACAUUCUCUGCACACUCUCUUCUGCAUAUUCAUCUCCUUUAUGCCCUUUCCUGUUUUCCCAAACAUACAUGCGUGCUGUCUCGCUUUUUUGAGGUCUGCCUUUUCAAUCCUACCAGAAGUAUUGACUUUGGGAUGAACUCGAGGAGCUCAGUUUGCUCGCGUGUCACUUUAUUCGGAUUUGUGGCACCUCUUAUAACUGCCAAAGAAUGGUGAUUGUCCAGAGCUUUUCUGACGAGUCUCAAGCCAGGAACUGUGUGUGUGUCCAGGGAUUUAUGAACUGUACUGAAUUUGUAUAUUGUACAUGAAUAAAACACAGCGAGACUGUAUUGUAAAAUAAAGAGCGCUUCUGAAGCAUG